CCUCUUUGCAAUUUUCGUCUUCACUUCUACUCCGGCAGAGUGCGGGUAGUCCGCCGCCGUCAGCAGCGGCGGUGUAGCAUCAUCAUGGCGGUGGGUUCGUCGAUUUCCGUAAUGGAUUCUUUGUUCGAGAAGCUCAAGCUCGAUGAUCCAUGGGUCCCACCCAGAUCGUGGGACUCCCUUCCCUCCCAAGCCGGCGCGUCAUCUCACCCUCCAUCUCACUCUUCCCCUGCUCCCUACACUACUUCCGCUAUCUCUGAGCCCAGUUUGGUGAGAUUGGCGAUGAAUGCUCUCCAAGGUGUUGAAUCGGCUUUGAUUUCUAUUGAAAAGUUGUCAGCAUUACUUUGUUACAGUUCAGCAGACAGAACUUCUCAUCGAAUUCCAAGUUUAUGGACCCGGUGUUCAAGCACUGUUGUUCUAGGAAAUCUACUUACUUCUAUUGGCCAGUUUGGUUGCAUAAUUUUCCUACUCCGUAGAUUUGUCAACUACUUCACAACUCCAGAUUGUGGUGGACUGAGAGAGCUUGAGGAAAACCGGAAAAAUGAUUCAUGCGAAGGUGGAAAUUGCCCCCCUCAUAAUCUCACUCUGAUCAAUCAGGCAUUUGCAAUUUCUGUAGCAAAGGUCUUAGAUGGUUAUAUAUCUGCGCUUAAUACAUUAUCCACAUCCGUUCGGUUGAGGCGUUUCUUGAAGACUAACAAUGGAGGUUGUCUUACUAGUAUUGGGAAUUCAGAAAUCACAUUGCUGGAGCUUUACCUUCACACAACGGGAUUGAGGACACAAAUUGAAGCCCUUGGAAAUAUCUGCAAUGUUAAUCAUCUGACUGUUGGCUUUCCUGUAUCUUUAGAAGACUUGAGGACCAAAGCAGAUUUAGAGUUCAGGGCCUUCCCAGCAAGUGGCGCUUUACUCUCAUUUCUAUAUGCUCAGCUAAAGGUUGCUGAUCCAGACCAUUGUGCCCUCCUCAAGUUCCUCUUUCUCCAGUCUUAUGAACCAUAUUGUGAUUUUAUUAGGUCAUGGAUUUUUGAUGGCUCAAUUAAUGACCCUUACCAUGAAUUUGUUGUGGAAUGCGUCAGCGAUCUUUCCAUUCAUGCAUCGGGCGACACUGGAAUUGCCUCUGGCUUGCCUUUGCCCACCAUUAGGGUACGAGAUGGAGCUGCUGUACCCUGUUUUCUGGAAGAAUGCCUAGUUCCACUUUGUAGAACUGGUCAGCAGCUUCAAGUGAUAAUGAAGUUGCUUGAUCUGUCUAAUCAUGUUGGUACAUGUCAUACUCAUGAAGAGAUCCUUCCCAGCUUGGUUGGCUUGUCCAAUGAGUAUCCAUGGUUUGCAUUUCCAUUCACGUUUGACAAAGGAACUAUCAAAACAAUGGCACUUGUGAGAGCUGGUUAUUACCAACAAAUGCUGGAGAAAAUUGAAACCAUUAUAACUAAGUUUGAUUUUAGUUUUCAACAGGCUUCUCGAAGUGAUCAAUUGAGAGUUGUGAAUGACCUCACAGAAAACCUGAACCGCCAAACAUGUUAUGAUGCCGAUGAAAGCUUGGAUCCACCUAUAUUUGAUAAAAGAAAUCAAAAUAUGCCGGGGGCUAUGGUGGAUACUGAGGUAUCGAGUAUUAUACAUGAGUACCCAGAUGAUGAAGAUCUCGUAGAGUCAUCCGAGUGCUCAUUUUCUGAAAGCUCCGAGGAGCAAGAUGAGGCUGAUCUGAUUUUUGCAUCUGCGAGUGUGGAGCCAAACUAUUUAUCUGCUUUGGAUUUCUCCUUGAGUUUAUCCACUGACAAUAGAGUGCGAAAUCUCGACCAAAGUGAGAAUUCCUGCUCUAUCAAAGAUUUUCCAUCUAGAAUAAACCGGAAAUCUAGUUACCCUACGUAUCCUUCUCAGAAGAAUUCAUACAUUGUGAGUAGUGAGCAAUCCCAAACUCCUGAAACUCAGGUUUCAAGUAGUGAGCAUGAUCUAUUUCAUAUUGGCAGGGGAAACCGCAAUACAUGGUUGCAUUCACCUGAUUGUGAAUUGGAGCUAAGCAUGCGAUACUAUGGAUUGCUUAAAACUGACUUAGACAUCUCAGAAAAUGCCUUCAAGGUUAGUGGCAGCAACAAAGAUCAGCAUCAGCUUCAAACCCGUGCAUCCUCGACAUUGUCUACUUUUCAUUUUUCAAAGCCAAAAUAUGAGUCUACAUUUUUCAGUAUGAACCCAACACUGAACAGAAGUCCUUUUUUCAGUCGGAAGACUGUUCUUGGAGAAAGGGGGCAUGCAAAUCAUUCUGGUUCCUACUUUGACUUUACUUCUGUAAAAGAUCCAGUGAAAACAUAUGCAGUCAAAUUAGCAGGCGAUCACGGACCUAGAUUUGGGAAUGAAGCUUCUGUUAUAACCGAAACUCAUUCUACUGGUAUUGAUACUAGUAAUUACCUCGAUAUAGAAAACCAGAAUGAUUUUAUCAUAGAGAAAGAUGCCAAAUUGUGUAUUGUUAGUUCACCUUCCAAUAAAAAGGAUGAUGAUGAAGAACAGUUACCGCUCCCAAAUAUUUCCGGUGGCAGUGCUUGGGAGUCUGUGCUUGGUAGACCUGGAAAGUUUGUCAAGAGAUCCGUACAAGAUCACGAGACUAAAUCAGUGGCUGGAGCAGAUAUGCCGCUGGAUUUUGUGAUAAAAAAAUGUGCGUUGGAUGAGAUUUUACUUCAAUACAGCUAUAUAAGCAAGCUGACCAUCAAGUUGCUUAUAGAAGGAUUCAAGUUGCAAGAACAUUUGCAGUCGCUGCGGUGUUAUCAUUUCAUGGAAGUAGCAGACUGGGCCGAUUUAUUUAUCAUGUCUCUUUGGCGUCAUAAAUGGCAUGUCAAUGAACUGGAUAAGAGGAUCCCAGAGAUCCAAGGGGUUCUUGAGCUGGCGGUCCAGAGGUCUUCAUGUGAAGGAGACCCUAAUAAGGAUCGGCUGUAUGUGUAUCUGGAAGAAGAUUACACCAGACAGUUUUCAGCUUCUGCCAUUGGAAUCCACUCCUUUGAUUUUCUGGGAUUGGGCUACCGAAUCGAUUGGCCAGUCAGUAUAGUUCUUACUCCUGCUGCAUUGAAAAUAUAUUCCAAGAUAUUUAAUUUUUUAAUACAAGUCAAGCUCGCUGUUUUCUCAUUGAAUGACGCUUGGUGCUUUUUUAAGGGUUAUCGCUUGGAGCAACACAAAGGAGAAGUUCGCCAAAUUUCAUUAUUAACUGAAACAAGGCACAAGGUUAACCAUUUCGUGUCUGCAUUGCAGCAAUACAUACAAUCACAAUUAUCCCAAGUAUCCUGGUACAGGUUUCUACACUCUCUUAAGCACAAGGUCAGAGAUAUGUUGGAUCUGGAGUCGGUGCAUAUGGCAUAUUUGACUGAGUCUCUGCACAUAUGUUUUUUAUCCAACGAAACACGAUCUAUUGCUGGCAUUAUCCAGAACAUCCUGCAGUGCGCAAUGGAUUUUCGAUCAUGUUUGACUGGAAGCAUUCUGGGGGCUCGAUCCAAUGAUCAAAACUCGACCAACAGAUUAGUCGACAUCUCACAGGUUGACACGAUAAGAAGAGCAUUUGCCAAGAAUCUAGAGGAGCUGUACCUACUUUAUCUCCAGUCACCUAAACACGCCGAAUUCGGUCUUUCUCGUUUUUGGGAUUAUCUAAACUAUAACGAGUAUUACGGAGGAGUUAUGAGUAAACAAAUGGGCCACCGUAUCUUUUAUACAUAAAAAUAGACGUUAUUCUCUUGCUAGCUAGACGAAAAUGGCACAUUGAGGCGGACCAUUAAUUAGGUCGAAAAAAUUGGAUUCUUUCGCCUACUAAUUGCUGAUUAGGAGCACCACCGUCAUCGAUUUGUCGUAUUCUUUGUCUGCUGCAAGAAUUCCAGUUUUUCUAUGUUCCAUAUCAUAUGCUUUCAUAUUGGAAUUUAAUUCAAAACGGACGCUCCGUUUUACUAAUAAAAAUGGACACCACUUAUAUCAUGACAUGUGGAUUUUAAUGGAGUAUGAUUUAUCUU